AUGGCGGCCAAUCAAUCAGCACGACAGCAAAAACGAUCCCGGCUUAGCGAUGCGGCCUCCGAGAAGCCUGCCCGGCCCAAUGAAGUGCGAUCUAAAAGGCGCAGAGUCUCCGGAGCCAAUGAGAACCAAACCCAGCAGACAGUCGAACCAACCGACGGUGUGAAGGAGGUUUCCAAUGGCGAUGCCCAGACACAGGAUGUUGAGACCAAACAAAAAGGCCCCGCGCCGUGGUCUUUCUCACGUCCCGUUGGCGGUCGCUACAACAAUUUAGAUCCAAUUCUGACCGAUGAUGAAGCAUAUCUCCUUGUCGGACUUGACACGGCCGUUCAAGUAUUUGCAACCUCAACCUCUCGCCUAUCACGUACGUUGCAAAUGGAGGCUGGCCAGCAGAUCAUUGGGUUCAGCAUCUGCCCCGAGGACCAGGAAAGCAUCUAUAUCUUCACUUCUUCGGGCUCUAUCAGCAAAUGGAAUUGGAGUUCUGGAAAGCGCAUCGCACGCUGGGAGACCACCUGCGCAACCGUUUCAAUGAGUCUAGCCUCGGUGGGCAAAGAAGGAAAUGCUGCUGCUAUUUCCUUCUCCAUCAUCUCGCAAAAGGAUGGAAAAAGACAGAUCUCGAUCAACACACUGGGAGACAAGAAGAUCCAAGGUACCACCGCCCUCGAGACUAGCCAGAAGAUCAAUAGCAUCAAGGUCACCCACGAUGGCCGAGUGAUCAUCGCUAGUGAUGGUAAGCAUCUAUUUAUGGGUACUACAACCAGCGCAGAGCUCGAGAACCUCGAGACUGUUCAGUACGCAUGGCGCGAGGCGACCCUUCCUGUCAAUGCGACUUGCUUUGACAUCCAGAUCCAAGGCUCGGAAUCCAUCGAUCUAGCAGUAGGAGAGAGCGGCGGUUCUAUCCUCAUUUACCAGAAUGUCUUGAAUACCCUAUUUGGCAAGGAUCUCAGUGAGAAGAAGUCUUCGCCCAGGAAGUUGCAUUGGCACCGAGGCUCUGUGAACACCGUGCGUUGGUCUAAAGACGGAAACUACAUCAUCUCGGGUGGUCAGGAGUCGGUUAUGGUUCUCUGGCAAUUGGACACUGGCCGGAAGCAAUUCCUCCCCCAUCUUUCCUCUCCCAUCUGCAACAUCGUCGUCUCCACCAGUGGCAGCUCAUAUGUGGUUAAAUUGGCCGAUAACUCAGUCAUGGUCUUGUCGACGAGAGAAUUGCAACCUCUCACUACCAUCACAGGAUUGCAAUUGUGCCCAGACGUGUCGGGCUCUGUCGAAUCUUCCAAGGGGUCUGUUGUGGCGAAAUUGCACCCGCAGCAACCAGAGCGGCUGAUUGUGGCCGUCCCGGCUUCCCACCAGCUUACUCAAAACCAACAUGGCUCUCAGCCUGCAAAUGCGGCCGUGCUUCAGACAUAUGAUAUCCGUGCCAACUCCAAUAUCUCCCGCCAAGCCCUUGCGCGAACCAAUGCGACUACCUUGAGUGUCAGCCCUGAAGGGUCUCAAAUUGUUGCACCCGAUGUGAAGCACUUGGAUAUAGUGCAUGAUGCGAAGUGGUUGGCUACGGUUGAUACCUGGGCCCCUCAUCCUCAGGACGUAGAAGCCCUGGAUCGCUCUUCUAAUGCUAAAUCCACUGCCACCCUCCGUCCGGAGGUCUUUUUGAAGUUCUGGAAGUGGGACGCUUCCUCUGACACAUGGGAACUGGUCACACGCGUUGACGGUCCUCAUUUCUCUAAGAAUCACCACUCAGCGGUGCUUGGUCUAGUGGCUCGGCCCGGUGCCCAUGAGUUUGCAACUCUAGGUUCCGACUCUGUUCUCCGCUUCUGGUGUCCAACUGCGAAGUACCGAAGCGGUCUGAAAGCCAAAGACCAACCAGAGCAGCCUUUAAACACGUGGAAGUGCCGUGGCACCGUUGACCUGGAGGGAUGUCUCAAUUCUACUGAAAAUUCUCCUCUGGAUGCGGCUUGUAUGAGUUUCUCCGAGGAUGGCUCAGUACUGGCCGUCUGCCUGCCGUCGACAUCGGCUGCAAAUGAUGGUCUUGUUCUCCUGAUCGAUGCACGAAACUGCUCUGUGCACUACCGACGCACCGGUGUUUUCCUUGGAAACCCCUGCUCAACGAGUUUCCUGGGAAGUCAUUUGAUUGUUGCUUCUACUCACUCGGUGGCUGUCUGGGACACAGUCGACGAUGUCGUUAAGACUAUCCAGUCGUCAGAGUCCGUAGAUUCGCCUGCCGGGAACUCACAGCUCAUUGCCGUGAAUGCCAGGACGAAGUCAUUGGCAAUUGUUACGAGUUCGUCACACAAGAAACGACGCAAGGUGCGAUUCCAAAUCAAGAUCUACGACGUCCCAUCCUUUGAGGUUGUCUUCCAGGAAACCCUGCAGACCUCCCCAGUUGCACUGCUCUCAGAUGCUUAUUCCGGCGAUUACAUCGUCGUUGACUCCGCGGCAACUGUGCAGCGACUCGGCUGUCUGGACAAGGCUUCCCAGAAGAGCCAGAACAACCAGUCUCGUGAUGUGACCGGCCAAAUCGACAAUGGAUUGGCAACUCUCUUCAGUCGUGGACCGGAAAGGCCACUCGCUGAAUCUGACGACGUAGAAGAAUUUUCUGCUCAAACCAAGGGACUGGCUAGUGUCUUUGGUGAGACUCCAUCGUUCUCCUUGCCUGCUAUUGGGGUCCUUUUCAGGAACGUGGUCCAAACACUCGGCGCCAACUAA